AUGGUUUUCAUUCGGCAUCUUCUUUUGAGCUUCUCGGCUGUUGCCGUCUGCCUCGCCGCUCCUUCCGCCAGCCCGUCUAUUAUGCUGCCUCCUCACUUCCAACGACGAGGUGAUUCCAACUUCUUCCUAGGACCUGAUCAUCCUCUUACGCUAGCGCGCCGCAAUGCCGCCCUUGAAACACGUGGGAUGACCCUGGAGGAGCGUACCGACUACGUUCAGAACUACAAGACUGGCGGCACUGUCAACUUCACUCCUUCCGGCGACAGUUACACAUUGACCUUCAAUACCACCGACGAUUUUGUGGUCGGUAUCGGCUGGAACCCUGGUUCUACGGAUCCCAUUAAACACUCCGGCUCCUUCAGCGUCACAAAGGGUCUGGCUACUCUGUCCGUCUACGGCUGGACUACAGACCCGCUGGUCGAGUACUACGUCAUCGAAGACUCGGCCGGCUUCACCCAGACUGGGACCCAGAAGGGAAGCUUGACCAGUGACGGCGGUUCAUAUGAUAUCUGGGAGAACGUUCGCACCAACGCGCCAUCCAUUUCUGGCACACAGACCUUCAAUCAGUACAUUUCCGUGCGUAGGGGUGGCCAGUCGAGCGGUACUGUCACUAUUGCCAACCACUUCGAUGGUUGGAAGAGUCAUGGCAUGGAUCUUGGGACUCUCAACCUUCAAGUUGUGGCUGUUGAGACUUGGAAUGGUGCGGGCUCGGCCAAGCAGACCGUCGUCACCAACUAG